AUGACGGACACGACGGACGAUAUCGCCGUGGAAAUCUCGUUCCAGAGCUACGAAGACGACUGCAAAAUGCUAGGUAAUCUUCUUCUUGAGGUUCUCCAGCGAGAAGCCGGAGUUCAGAUGAGGGACAAAGUCGACCGCAACAGAAUCCUCGCUCAGAGUGCCUGUCAUAUGAGGAUGGCGGGGAUAGAUGACACGGCGGAGCUGCUGGAGAAGCAGCUAGUUUCGGAGAUUUCGAAGAUGAGCACAGAGGAGGCACUCACUCUUGCUCGUGCUUUCAGCCAUUACCUCAAUCUGAUGGGCAUUGCUGAAGUUCAUCACAGGGUUCGUAGACAGAAGAAGGUGGCAUCCCUAUCAAAAUCUUGUGAUGAUAUUUUUAAUCAGCUUCGGCAGGGUGGUGUUCCCCCUGGUCAGCUUUACGAUACUGUUUGCAAGCAGGAGGUCGAGAUUGUUCUCACUGCACAUCCUACACAAAUUAAUCGCAGAACUUUACAAUACAAACAUCUUAGACUUUCUAAUCUUUUAGAUUAUAGAGACCGACAUGAUCUUACUAGUGAAGAUAGAGAUAUGGUGAUUGAAGAUCUGGUGCGAGAGAUAACUUCUAUAUGGCAGACAGAUGAGCUUAGGCGCCAUAAACCCACACCAGUUGAUGAAGCUAGGGCAGGUUUGAACAUUGUGGAACAGUCCCUUUGGAAAGCUGUACCUCAUUAUUUACGUCGUGUCAGCACUGCUUUAAAGAAACACACUGGAAAACCACUUCCCCUGACUUGCACACCAAUCCGGUUUGGGUCUUGGAUGGGAGGUGAUAGAGAUGGAAAUCCCAAUGUGACAGCAAAGGUCACAAAAGAUGUCUCACUUUUAUCUAGGUGGAUGACUAUUGAUCUCUAUAUCCGAGAAGUUGAUAGCCUGAGUUUUGAAUUAUCCAUGAAUAGGUGCAGCGAUGGCUUGUCAAAACUGGCACACGAUAUUCUAGAGCUAGAAUCCGAAUAUGACGUUCACCAGAGUUGGAAUCAUCAUUGUUUUAAUAGAAAUCAGGUGAAGCAACAAGCUGCGGCACUUCCAACUCAACUUCCAGCUAGAGCUGAUCAACCCUCUUGCACCGAAUGUAAUGUUGGUCAAUCUCACUACCCCAGAAGUGAAUUUCCAAGAACUGCACGGCCUGGGCCACUCAAGCAGCUGGAUGUUCCGGAAUCUUCACCGCCAAAGUCUCCAUCACAGAACUCCCUAUCUUCAAUGCCUAAGUCUCCAUCACAGAACUCUCUUCGUAAUGCUAGUCUUGUAGCCAAAAGGAGAAUGUUUGCUGAGUCCCAGGUUGGAAGGUCCAGUUUUCAAAAGCUUUUGGAGCCAACGCCCACUCAGAGAUCUGGAAUUGGUCCUUAUAGAAUUGUUCUUGGUAAUAUAAAAGAUAAGCUUAUGAAGACACAAAGACGAUUGGAGCUUCUUCUGGAGGAUCUUCCUUGCGAUUCUGAUCCAUUGGAUUAUUAUCACACAUCAGAUCAACUUUUAGAACCACUGAUCAAAUGCCAUGAAUCUUUGCAAGAAUGUGGAUCUGGGGUCCUUGCUGAUGGUCGGCUUACUGAUUUGAUCCGAAGAGUUGCUACCUUUGGGAUGGUAUUAAUGAAGCUCGACUUGCGUCAGGAAUCUGGUAGACAUGCUGAAACACUUGAUGCAGUUACCAAAUAUUUGGAUAUGGGCACAUACAGUGAGUGGGAUGAAGAAAAGAAACUGGAAUUUCUAACAAGAGAGCUCAAAGGAAAAAGACCGCUAGUCCCACCUAACAUGGAGGUUGCUUCUGAUGUUAGAGAAGUACUGGAUACCUUCCGCGUCGCUGCUGAGCUAGGGAGUGAUUCACUUGGAGCAUAUGUGAUUUCUAUGGCUUCUAAUGCAAGUGAUGUCCUUGCUGUGGAGCUUUUGCAAAAAGAUGCACGACUUGCUGUAAGCGGAGAGAUAGGAAAACCAUGUCCUGGUGGAACGCUGCGUGUGGUUCCUUUGUUUGAAACUGUUAAGGACUUGAGAGAAGCUGGCUCAGUGAUCAGGAAAUUAUUGUCCAUUGAUUGGUACCGGGAUCACAUCAUCAAGAACCAUAAUGGGCAUCAAGAGGUGAUGGUUGGAUACUCUGAUUCUGGGAAAGAUGCAGGGCGUUUUACUGCUGCAUGGGAACUUUACAAAGCUCAAGAGGAUGUUGUAGCUGCAUGUAAUGAGUAUGAUAUCAAAGUCACCCUGUUUCAUGGGAGAGGGGGAAGUAUUGGUCGUGGAGGGGGCCCUACAUAUCUUGCCAUUCAAUCCCAGCCGCCUGGCUCUGUGAUGGGUACUCUACGAGCUACUGAGCAAGGAGAGAUGAUCCAGGCAAAAUUUGGGCUGUCUCAGAUUGCUGUCAGACAGCUAGAGAUAUACACAACAGCUGUGUUGCUUGCAACAUUGCGUCCUCCACAACCUCCUCGAGAACAAAAGUGGCGUAACCUCAUGGAGGAGAUCUCAAAAAUCAGUUGUCAGAAUUACAGGAGUGUAGUCUACGAAAAUCCAGAAUUCCUUCCCUACUUCCAGGAGGCUACACCCCAGGCUGAGCUUGGUUUCCUCAAUAUAGGAAGCCGCCCCACAAGACGAAAGGCUUCUACAGGAAUUGGACAUCUUAGGGCAAUUCCAUGGGUGUUUGCAUGGACUCAAACCAGAUUUGUUCUUCCAGCAUGGCUUGGAGUUGGGGCAGGUUUAAGGGGGGUUUGUGAGAAGGGACACACUGAAGACUUGAAAGCUAUGUACAAAGAAUGGCCUUUCUUCCAGUCCACCAUUGACCUCAUUGAGAUGGUUUUAGGGAAGGCAGACACUUUUAUAUCCAAACACUAUGAUGAAGUCCUCGUCUCGGAAAGCAGGCGCCAUCUUGGUGAUGAACUGAGAAUGGAGCUCCUAGGGACAGAGAAAGUGGUGUUGGUGAUUAGUGGACAUGAGAAACCAACUGGUGGUAAUAAUCGCAUCUUGAGGAGGCUGAUCGAGAGUAGGCUGCCCUAUCUCAAUCCCAUGAACUUGUUGCAGGUUGAGGCACUGAAGAGACUGAGAAGUGAUGAUGAUAAUAAAGAACUCAGAGAUAUCUUGCUAAUCACAAUCAACGGGAUCGCUGCAGGGAUGAGGAAUACAGGCUAAGUUCUUGUUUACCGGAGUUUCCAACUUCCACGUACAUUUAAUUUUCGUAUAUAUUGUCUUGUUUAUCUCGAGAGUUUCUGUUAUUUUGAGGCAAAGUUGAUGAGGGAAUGAAUGAAUGUUCUACAAUUCAGUUCCCAUAUAUGAACAUAUAACAUACUACAGUGAUAAAUGUUGGAAUGGUUUUAAAAUUUUCACUCGGUUGCUUAACUAAUUAUGUCUGCACAAUGCUGCAUGAUGUGCUUUACAUUCCCAUAAGGUCAAAGGCUGCUUUGGCCAUG